AUGCAUUGCCCACUUGUCCUCGGCAUGGGGCUAACCUCCUUGCUGCCAGGCCUGGCAUCGGCCGCAAAGGUGCCGAAAAACGCAAUCCUACUCUCCGAGGUUCAGUCCCUCACCCUCCGCGGCGGGGGUGCAAAGACGACCCACCGCCGCGUGGCUGCCGCGCCGCAGCUGAAAUGCCUCUCCUCCAAGGCCAUCUGCGACUUGCACGAAAUUGAUGUCAUGCGGUGUACCAACCAGGGCGCCGGCUACUCCUCCGAGGACAUCCAGUGGUCCUGCGUCGCCUCGCUGCCCGAGGAGCUCAAGCUUGGGUCGACAGACGUCAUCUGCGAAGGCUACUCCAGCUCCGACGACCCGUACAUCCUCCGCGGGAGCUGCGGCGUCGAGUACCGACUCGCUCUGACCGACAAGGGUGAGCGGCGCUACCCGAACCUCGGCAAAGGGGGGGAUGGCGAGUCGGAUUGGGGCGCCUAUCUCUUCGGGAUCCUCUUCGUUGGCGUUCUAGCUUGGAUCGUGUACUCAGCAUGCGUGGCUGGUGCGCAGAAUCGAAGGCACGGCGGGGACGGGCGCCGCCGUGGUGGGGGAGGCGGCGGCGGCGGCGGUGGUCCCGGAGGUGGCGGCGGCGGUGGAUGGGACCCCGGCUUUGGCCAGGACGACGACCCUCCCCCACCGUAUCCGGGCACGAAACCCACCAACCAAGGCGGGCAGCAGGGAUGGCGCCCCGGGUUCUGGACGGGCGCGGGCGCGGGCGGCGCUGCAGGUUACGGAGCCGGCUACUAUCACGGCAGGAACAGCGCGAGGAACCAGUCAGGGUACGGCACCGGUGGCGGCUGGGGUAAUGACAGCACCUCAAGCUCGUGGGGGGCCGGCCCGUCCAGGUCAACCAGUUCAUCGUCGAGCUCGGCGCGCCACGAAAGCACCGGUUUCGGAUCCACCAGCAGGAGAUAG